UUGAACCAAAACUCUUUGGCCGUCAGAGGGAGUCGAGUUUCUCAUUUCUGCAGUACAGCAGUUUUGGUGUCACUUGUCUCCGCAGCGUCCUUGUAAGCACCGGGCUCAUCUUUUUAGGCUACUCAUUGCGAGCAGCGUUGGGAUCUGUGCCUCACUGAUAGCACAACUCUUCUUAAAAAAAACUUUUUUAGUUACAGAAACUGUGCCUCGUGACUAAGAGCAAGUUGAUGCCUAUUUACUUUGAACAAAUACUCAAACUAUCUGGAUUAAGGAUUCGAGGACAACCAGCUCUUCAGUCUUGUUUUUCGACUUGAAAUUUUGGCUGUCUAAACAUGUUGUGGAAGCUAGCAGAUAACGUAAAGUACGAGGAGGAUUGCGAGGAAAGACAUGAUGGCAGUAGUAAUGGAAACCCAAGAUUACCACACUUGCCUGCCGUGAGCCAGCAUCUCUAUAGCCCGGCACCAUCUCUGUCGCAUUCAGGCAGCUCCGACUUCCAGCCGCCGUACUUCCCUCCCCCUUACCAACCUUUGUCGUAUCCUCAGUCCAGCGACCCUUAUUCGCACAUUAGCGACCCUUUCAAUAUCAACUCUAUACACCAGUCUCAAGCAUCCACCCAGCAGCAGUCAUGGCCUGGUCGUCAGAGCCAGGAGAUUGGACCACGCGGCGGCCUCGCCAGCCAGAUACUGGGCCUGGAGGGUGGCUCAUCCGGGGUGAGAAGAGAAGGGUUUCGACGACCGGAGCUUUUACCUCCUCAUGUCCAAGGCAUCGACUCUAUUGGAGAGAACAUGGGACUGCACGAGAUGGGUCACGGUUUAGACGAUGUUCAGCAUGUGGAUGAUCACAGUAUUGUAAUGGCAGACCAGACAGUCAUCAAAAAAGUAUUAGGACUAAGAAGUGGCAGGAACCAUGAUCGCUUACAGAAGACUUAUUUUGAGGGUGGCUUUCUUGCGGGCCCGGUGUCUCUGCCAAAGGGGAACGCCCUUGGGCUGCCCUUCCAGAAGGAGCCGUUGCUGGGCAUGGUGUCCAACCCCACGGAGGUCUUCUGCUCGGUGCCUGGGCGUCUCUCGCUGCUCAGCUCCACGUCCAAGUACAAAGUGACGGUGGCGGAGGUGCAGCGGCGCCUGUCUCCCCCCGAGUGUCUCAACGCCUCCCUGUUGGGGGGCGUUCUGCGAAGGGCCAAGUCGAAGAACGGCGGACGGUCCCUGAGAGAGAAGCUGGAUAAGAUCGGACUGAACCUGCCAGCCGGACGGAGGAAGGCUGCCAACGUCACCCUGCUCACAGCACUAGUAGAAGGAGAGGCCGUGCACCUCGCCAGGGAUUUCGGCUACGUGUGCGAGACGGAGUUUCCGGCAAAAGCGGUCGCGGAGUACCUUGGCCGACCACAUGUGGAACGUAAUGAAAUCAACUCCCGCAAAAACAUGCUCCUGGCUGCCAAACAAAUCUGUAAGGAGUUCACUGACCUGCUGAGUCAGGACCGCUCCCCGCUAGGGAACUCCCGUCCCGCGCCUAUCCUGGAGCCGGGCAUCCAGGGCUGUUUGACCCACUUCAGCCUCAUCACCCACGGCUUCGGAUCCCCGGCCAUCUGCGCCGCCAUGACCUCGCUGCAGAACUAUCUGAACGAGGCGCUCAAACAGGUGGACAAAAUGUACCUGAGCUCGGGCAGCGACACGCAAGGCUCGUCCGAGGGCGGCAGCAAAAGCUCGGAGAAGAUGGAGAAACACAGGAAGUGAGGGGCCCCAAGCAUCCCCCCCCACC